AUGAACAUUGAUCAAGAGGAUAUAUUAUCACUUUGGCAGAAAUCAAAGAAAACUUUGGAUAAAAAUAUUAGAUUACAACAGCAAAAACAAAAACAAAAAAAACAAAAACAACAGCAACGCCCUAGAACUCCGACUAAACCUUCUAAUAUCACUAAUGUUGGAAAUACCACUACAAGCAAUAAUACUGAUAUUAUUACAGCUUCUUCACUUAUUCAUUCCCUAAGCAAAAACUUAAAAAUGAUGCAACCUUCUGUGGCCAACCCUUCUUCAUAUAGGGGAAAUAUUAAUAAUAAUAAUAUUGCAAAUAAUAAUAAAAAUGCUAAGAAUGUUAAGAGUACGGAUCCCAAUCUUUUUUUGAGAAAACUAUCUAACGAUAACACCGAAUUAUUUGAAAUGUUAGAAAAGAUAAACGCAAGAAAGAACAACAAUAAUAACCAUAACAAAAACCAACGAAGUAACAAAAAUAACAUUGUCAAUAAGCAAUAUCAAAAAUAUCCGACAUACUCGGGUAGAAAGUAUAAGAACAACAUAGCUACUACCAUUGUAUCUGAUACUACUGUCAACAAAACUCCAACAUCCGAGAAUACCAUAAAUGAUCAGCACUUUAGAAGCAAAAGCAACACCGAUUUCACAUCUAGUGGCGUAUUAAAUACUUCAGUCAGAAUAAUGAAUAAUACUACCAAAAAUGUGGACAAUGCUUUAAAUUUAAAUGAUAACUCACCAGCAAUACUAAAUAAUAAUAAUAAUAAUAAUAAUAAUAAUAAUAAUAAUAAUAAUAAUAAUAAAACGCAUAAAAAUGAACAAGGCAAGGAGAGGAUAAUUAGGAUGACAAAUACGACGUAUUUGAUAGAUGGACUAUUGAUUGAAAUAUCCCAACAUAUAAAAAAUAGACACGUUAUUUCAAUACCAUUAUUAUAUGAUAUUAAAUUACUCCCAAAUAAAUACAUUUCAGAGAUUUCGCCAGUUUAUGAUAUUUUUGCUAAAGCUAUCGAAGCGACUCUAUCUUUUCACGAUUCAGUGACUUUUUAUAAUUUAUUUAGAGGUUCUCAGACUAAAAAAACUUUUUUUAAAAACAGAAAAUAUGCAGACGACGGAUCAAUUAUUUAUUUUUGGAGCUCAAAUCCUAGCCAAUACGAUUCAGAGGGUUAUGUUUUCGAGGUAGUUACAUUGGUUAAUACUCUCCCUAGAGGCAAUUCCACACAGAUCAUUAAUCGAGGCGUUAAUACUAAAAAUUUUGUUAAUAGCCAUACUAGGUAUCUCUGUUUUAAAGGCAUGUAUCCUCAGUUUAACGAUGAUGUUUUCCUAAGGGGAUCCUUAAAAUAUUUAAGCGGAUUUGUCCCACAUAGUGCUACACACACAAGCAUUAUCAAAAAACUUUCUUUUAAUCCAAUGCCUGUUAGCAAUAAGGAUGGUGAAAAUAACAAUAACAAUAAUACUAAGAAAAAUGUCAUUAACAAUAAUGGGACAAGAGAUAUUAAUAAACUUAAUAAGAUCAAGAAAAGGGGGCACAGUGCUGAUAUCGGUGUUAAUAGUAUAAAUGAUAAUGAAAACAAAAUGGAACUAAUAAAGAAAAGUUUGAAAAAGCAAAUCCAAAAGGGUGCCAUGUUCACUGGUGCCAAUAGUAACCAAAAUGACUCUUCAUUGUCAACUAAGAUGACUACCAAUACUCACACUAAGGUAGUUACUUCUACUAAUACUAAUUUGCUAGGAACAGCGACUGCUAACACUGUUGUUGUUAAAAAUACUGAAAAUGUAAUUCGUACCAAAAAUAUUAACAACAAUGAUAUUGAUAUUCCUACAAAAACUGGAAAAGCAAAUGGUCUAAAUACAAAUGGUGUACAAUUUAAUGCUACUAAUGUUACAGAAGUACCUAUUUCCACCUUAAACCACGCUGUCACCACCAAUAAAAAAGUUAAUAAAGAAGACGGACCACCAGAAAAUUUACCAAUCUGUAAUCCUAUAAAUAAUGUGAAGCUUUUUAAAAAAAAUAACACCACAGCAAUGGAGAAUGGAAAUUUAACAUUAAAAAAAUUCAGCGAAACCGUAGCUAUAGGGGACGAAAAAGAAUUGACACACAUGGGAAAAUUACCCUUGGUUUUAACACCAAACAUUAUUAAAAUCAAUCCCGAGAAGAAAGAGAAUACAGCUGAAGUUACCAUUAACAAAGGUCAAAAUGAAAGUAGUUCAAACGUAAAUGAAACCAAGGAAAGAAUCACAUCUCAGGUAUCAGAAGAUAAAAACUAUAAUGAGAAAAAUGAUAAUAAUAAUUACGACGGUAAUGAUGACGACGAUGUGGAUGACGACGAGGAUGACGACGAGGAUGACGACGAGGAUGACAAUAAUGAAACAGGAAACGGUGAAUUAAAUUCCACAGCAACUUUGCCUUUAACAGUUUAUAGUCAAUAUUCCAGAGAAGCAGAUUCACUAUUUAGACAAAGUGAUAAUACCAAUGACAGAAUAAACAAAACAUCUUUAUCAGAGAUGAAUUCAGAUUCAGAUUCAGAUUUAGAUUUAGAUUCAGAGAUAGACUCCGACAUUGUUGGAAAUAUAGACAAAACUGUUUCAAAUAAUAAUAAUAAAUUCAACAAUAACAAUAACCAUGACAUUGCUAAUGUUACUUGUAAUAAGACAAAAAAAAGUUUUUUUAGACAAUGUGAAAAAAGGUCAACCAGUAGUUCGAACGAUACUGCGGGAAAUAUUCCUAAUAUUGAAAUGUAUUCGCCUAGCACUAACGAAUCAACUAACACACAAGUUACAAUUGAAACUAGCUUACAAACCAUUCAUUUACCUAAUGAAUUAGAUACUAAUAAAAACGAUAAGAGUGGCAAACAAUUAGAAAUCCAAAAAAGCACAAAUACUAUCGAACUUCCAUCAACAGAUGAAUACUUGCUUAGAAAAUCACAUGCUAUGGGUACUCAACAAUUAGAGAAAUCAUCAAGUAAAAUUCUAAAUGCUUUCAAAGAACCUUAUAAUUUGGAAACUACAAAACAAUAUAUAACUUCUCAAAAACCUCCCAAAUUUGGUACAUUUUCAAGGAAUAGAUCCUUUUCAAUUGAUGGUUUAAAUAUCGAAAAAGCAACUAUCCCCAAAUAUAAGUUUCUAAACAUUGCACAAAGUCUUAAAAGAUCUAUUUCUUGUGAAGGUAAUACCAACGCAUAUAACAGCACCAAUGCUACCGACAAUUUCAAAAGAUUAAAGACGAAUCCCAUAAACUCUGAAUGUAUUCCCAUAGAAAAUGAUAAUAUGAACGUUGCUUUUGCGAAUGCUACUAAUUAUAGUACUACCAAUCCUUCUGAUAAAAACGCUAUCAUUAAAGAUAAAAGUGAUAAUAAAAACACUACUAGUAGUAUGAGUGACUCAUUGGAAUUAAAAAAUGUAGUUGUUGAUCCAUCAUUGGGAAUUAAUAGUCAUUCAAAAUUUUUUCAAAGCACUGAUCCAAAACUAAUUUUGAAAGCCUUUAAAGAUUCUGUUGCUGCCACCCCGUCAAAAAUUGAAAACACCAGACCUGUAUCUACGUCGUACAUGCAUGUCAUCAAUCUCGACAGUGAGUCUGAAGAUUAUUAUAAUGAAGAGAACGAAGGUCAUGUUUCAGAGAUGAUUAAUACAGAUGAUUAUGGAAUUAUGAUCGAAGGUGAAACUCUAGAUGCGAACACCGAAGAAGAAGAAGAAGAAGAAGAAGAAGAAGAAGAAGAAGAAGAGGAAGAGAAAGUGAAAGUGAAGGUAAGAGUGAAAGAGAAAAAAGAAGAAAAGGAUAAAAAAGAAAAUGCUGAAGCUCAAGUGACCACAGAUAAAAUAAUAAACUCACCAAAACUACUGAGAGCCCCAAUUUCACAGAAAAAGCUUUCGCCAUCAGCUUUACCAGGGAAUAUUACAAAAAAAAUAGACUCAGUUAAACCUUUACCGGCACUACACAAUCAGAACAUAACUCAUACACAGAAAACAGCUACAAAUUUAGAGCACCAACCUGAAAACAAUAUUAAUGAUCAAAAUGAAAAGAAACACAGGAGCUUAGAUUCUUUUACAGUUGCAAGUGUUAAAACCAAUAAACCAUUGGAAAUUUUUAGUAGUGCGCCCAUUGAUUCUGGCAACAAGAUCAAUUCUGAUGUUAACAUUACUCGUACUUCCACUACUAAUAUUAUUUGUGACACAGAUAAUUUUAGUAAAAAUACAAACAUUGAUAAUAGCGCCAAUAAUAUCAAGAAACUUAGCUAUCUACUUAAUGAAUCACCAUCAAUAUUACCCACUGUCACAAAUCAUAACAAGAUUUCUAGCAAAAGUAUUACAAUUAAUUCGGACAGAAAUUUACCCAGAGUUAGUAGAGACGUACACUUAGGUCGGAGCAAUAAUAACUUUAUGAAUAUUAAUAUUAGUUUUGUAAAGCAGCCCAAAAGAGUAAAAAAAUACAAUAUGCGCAAAAAAUUUUUUAUUGAUUUCAAGCCAUUCACUCUAGCGCAAAAUCCUCAAAAAAUGAGUCUUAAACUUCGUUAUUUUUUUAAUCAUCAUGAACUUCCUAAAAUUAAAAAGAUCGAUUUGGUUAGGGUUAUUGAGACUGGAGUCGCCCAACAUACUCCGUUAUGCAAAGAUAGUUUAGUUUCAAAUACCAAUGAUAUUUGCACAUUUUUGAAUUAUGAUAAUGAUCCUAUUUUUCAAUUACGCAAAUUUUUAAAUCUAAAAAAUGUUGAAUAUGAAUUACGCUCAGAAUUAGAAGCAAAAGGGAUAUUGGGUAAAAAUAACCAUAACAAUGAAGAUAAACAUAACACAAACUUUACUACUGCUUCCCUCGCAAAUAUCAGUUUUAAAGAUAAUAUAAUUGUUAGCAAUACUGAAAAGAGUGACAACAACAACAGAACAUUCUUUGAAGAUAUAGAGAUGGACAAUAAUAAUAAACAUUAUAAUACUUAUAAAAACACCACUAUCGGUAUUAAUACUACCGCCACAAAUAAUACUAGUACUGACAACAACAAUGGUGAUACUAACCAUGUUAAUACCGGCAGUUAUAACAACAACAACAAUGCUGGUCAUACCAAUGACAACAAUGAUACUAGUGGUAACAAUAAAGACAAUAACAGUAACAUUAACACUAGUAAUAUUAUUAUUACUACUACUGCCCCUACUGUUACUACUACUACUACUAGUAAGAACAAUAAUAUUACUAUUCCCACCAAUAAUAAUGAUACUGCUAUUUGCAAUAAUAGUAAUGACAGCGCCAUUACUAGAAAUGAUAAUGUCACUAAUGAGAAAGAUAACACCACGAUUGAUAAAAAAAGCUCACUUGGCAAGAGCUUGAAUAACACACAUGAGAAUAUUAAUUGUAUUGUUAAUAAUGAAAAAACAAAUAACAAUAGAAAACUUAGUCGAUCCCCCAAUUUUAAUAAUAAUAAAAAUGCAUCUAUCGACUUUCGAGACACACACUUUAACAGCUUUCCCAGUUCUAAGAACUUUAAUUCUAUUAAAGACAAUAUCACCCAUUUUGUAACUAAUAAUAAUGCCAAUACCAAAAUCAAUACUGAAACUAAUGAGAUGCUGGCUACUACUAAUACUACCAUUAAUAGUAAUGAAAAUACAAAUAUUGAAACAUCGUUUCAAAAUUCACCACAAUUUGACGUUGAAAUGAAACAUGCUAAGGGUAGAGAAGACGUUGGUAUAUCUGUUAUUUAUACUUCCGAUUUAAAUGCUCUAAUGGAAAUCUUAUGUGGAUUAGAGACUUUACUAGUAAAUGGAGAAAUCAAACAAGCAUCCCUAUAUGGAAGAUUGAGAGACUCGCAAAAACUACUUGAAUUAAGAAACAAGGAAAUUGAAAAGUUAAAAAAUAAGGUAGAACAUGGAGAUGCCAUGGUUUCUGUUAACAAAUUGGCAGAGUUUAAAAAAGAAGUGAAUGAAAAAGUCAAGGCAUUAACUGCACAAUUAAUGAAUGAUAUGAAAAUUAAGAUUAGAAAAGAAGCUAAGAAGUCAAGUCAGCAAAUACAAACACUUAAAGAUCAAAAUGCUGAGUUGUUGGCUGAGAUAGAUCUUCAUAAAGAUGCAAGCCAUAAUGAUGCUACUAGAAUCGUACGUAGGUUGUAUAAUAUUCUUCAAUCGCCAUUUUCGCCAAAUAGAGAUUCCAUAAUGGCUAAAAAUUUGGAAGAGUUAUGUGUCAGUUUAUCUCAAGUUAUAGCCAAGCAAGAAAAAUUAAUGAAAUUAAAAGAAAAAGAGGAUCGUUUGAAUAAAAAGGUUAUAGGCUUUAAAGAAAUCGUAGAUUAUUGUAAGGAAAACGAUUUAACCAUGGAUGAAGUUUUAGAUAUUUUAAAAAAUAACAAAAAGUGA